AAAUACAAAACAGUGAAAUCGGACACCCUACAUUCCCUCCAUGUUUUCGAGUCCGAAGUGGGGAGGGGAGGGGUUUGAGAUGAAGAACGUGGAGGGUGGUUUCACGCGACUUGCCUCGUUCGUCUGCGAUUGUGAGCCAUUCUCGGAGGAAGACCUCAAAGCCAUCGACGCCUCUCUUUCCAACGCCACCAAUAAACGUCCUCGUUCCAACGAUCACCCUCCCCGCCGCCGCUUGCCCACAUCGCUUGUCGCUCUCCAACACCCUAAUGCUUCUUCUCUCUCGCCUCAUCCAGGCUAUUCAAGAAUGAGAUUACCUGUGUUGAAGUUUAGUGGUCAAAUUAUGUAUAGCAGGACUUUUGACGCUGUAGAGAAAGCUGCAGCGAAGCUCUUACAAAUUCUGGAAGAAAGAAAAAGAGAGAUGAUGCAAAUUGUGAUUGGAUUUGACAUUGAGUGGAAACCCACCUUUAAAAAAGGUGUUCCACCAGGAAAGGUGGCAGUGAUGCAGAUAUGUGGUGACACUAGUCAUUGUCAUGUUCUACAUCUAAUUCAUUCCGGAAUCCCUCAGAAUUUACAGCUUUUGCUUGAAGAUCCCACAGUCUUGAAGGUUGGAGCUGGGAUUGAUGGGGAUGCUGUGAAGGUUUUUAAGGAUUAUAACAUAUCUGUUAAAGGUGUGAUGGAUCUUUCUUUCCAUGCUAAUCAAAAGCUUGGUGGAGAUCAAAAGUGGGGUCUUGCAUCCUUGGCUGAAAAACUUUUAUCAAAACAGCUUAAAAAACCCAAAAAAAUAAGACUGGGAAAUUGGGAGACUCCUAUUUUGUCACAGGGGCAACUAGAGUAUGCUGCAACAGAUGCUUUUGCUUCUUGGUAUCUUUAUCAGGCGAUUAAAGAUCUCCCGGACCCAGACGCCCAGGAAGUUACUAACAGAAGUGGGGAAGUUGAUGGUGUACCGCAAGAAUGAUUACAUCUUUAGUGUUUGUAUUGAAUUUCAUUUAUAUUUAAUUAUUUACUUGUUCCAAGUAUCUGUUGUAAUAUUUUGUUAUUCCUGCUCGGACACUCAUUUGAGGGCGAAGAAACCCUUUAGGGAGUAAGUUAAGAAAAUAGAAUGGAAUAGAUAUGGUGGAUGAUGUGAUGACGAAAGAAGAAAAAGAUUAACACAUUGAGUGGAUGUAGAAUUUGAGGUGUUUAGGAUAAAAGCUGUUGAAAAAAAAAAGUUUAUGUAUGACCAAUGUAAGUCAUCUAAUCAAAAUUUCUACUCGUUACACAUAAUAAAA